CAUAGGCAACGUUCAAAAUGGCGUCGUCGUUUUGUCAAAUCAUGGAAACUAAUAUCCAAGAUCUGCCAGAGACAGUAUUACUUCAGAUCUUUCACGAGUUAGCAAACAAGAGGAUCUACAAUCUAUUUAGAUUGCGUCUUGUGUGCAAGAGCUGGUAUGAACUUACAAAGGAUUCAAGCUUAUGGAAGUUCGUCUGUUUUCCUGGCUGUGACAGACUGGACGUGGACGUCCUAUCACGAGUUCUGUCAUGGUGUCCUGGUGCGAGGGAAGUGGACAUAAGCUCGUGUCCAUUGGUUAAUGAUCAAUGCAUAGAAGUCAUUGCAACUAGGUGCUCACAUUUACGAACCCUAAAUGUAAGAAAUUGUUACAUAAGCGAUGUCGGCCUGAGAGCCUUGGCCACGAAUUGUUUUGGCAUAAAAAAGCUGGUGCUUUCAUAUCACGACGAAGUUAGUAUUACAUCUGAAGUUUUAAGUGAAUUGAUUCGCCAAUGCCCACAAUUUGAGCACCUGGAGAUCCUGCAUAAGGACGAGGAAGACGAUGCUUAUGAGUGCAGUUUCUUGAUCUCUACAGACCUGAUAGCUGCCCUCGUAAAUUGCCCCAAUUUAAAAUCCUUCCAUUGUGUGAACGCUACCCUUCUUGACGACACAGUGUUUGAUAAUUGCAGGAAUGGUCACUGUCUGAAUAUGAGCAUUACCUCAUUAAGCCUGAAAAGCUGCAAUGACUUAACCAAUAGUACUCUUAAUGCAUUCACAUAUAACUGCAAUGCUCUUAAAGAGCUGGAUGUGUCAUUUUGUGCUGGAGUGAAUGAUGCUGGGAUUGCAACAGUUUCAGAAUUUUGCCCAAACUUAGAGCACCUAAAUGUGCGAUCUUGUCAGUGCAUCACAGAUAUAGCUAUUGAGAAGAUUGCACAAAACUGCAGGGGUCUGAGGUAUUUGUGUGUAGCUGGCUGUGAGCUUCCAAGACCUACUGGAAAUAUCACAGAUGUUGCAAUCCAGAAAGUUGCAGCAUAUUGCUUGAAGCUCUCUCAUCUUGAUGUGAAAUGGUGCCAGGGAGUGACUGAUAUUGGGAUUGGGACAAUUGCAUCAAACUGUCCGUCUCUUGCACAUCUGAAUGUAUGUGGGUGUUUAGCUAUCUCUGAUCUCUCAAUGCUUGUUGUUGCAACUUGUUGUACUGACUUGGAAUGCUUGGAGAUUGCAGAGUGCUUACGAAUAACACACUCAAGCCUCAACAGAAUUGCACAGAACUGUGUCAAAUUAAAGUACAUUGAUAUGCAGGUUUGCUCGUACUUACAAGACUUAGACUUUAGAAAAGACAACUCGGUACAGCUUGCUAUGAGUCACAUAGAUCUCUCAUAUUGUACCAAGAUCAACGAUGACUGUGUCAAGCAUAUUGUCACUGAGUGUACCCAGCUGGAAUUUAUCAGUCUCGCAGGAUGCCACCGUGUUACCGACUUAGGACUAAAGUAUAUUGCUUGCAAUUGCCCGCUUCUCCAAUACGUAGAUUUGUCCUUUAGAGGGUCCCAGUCAAGUGCACACAUCACUGAUGAUUCUGUGAUGCUUUUGGCCAAGAAAUGCCUUUUGCUGACUUACCUGGAUUUGAUUGGUUGUUGGGGUGUCACUUCAGAUUGUGUGGCUCUCAUUUCUCAGAAUUGUCUUUAUCUCAAGCAGUUUAAUGUCAGUCUACUGUUUGAGGUUUCACAAGGUGGCGAGAGUGUUAGUCAUGUUGAGGGCUUGGUUAAGAAGACAAGGUCUGCUUUCUCUGUCAAGCGUGUUGCAAGGUCCUUAAGGAACGGAAAGUCUGCACAGAGUUUUGUUCUACAUAUAUCAUCACUAAACCUAUAAGCCACACAGGGUUGUCCCAUAUAUCAUAGCAAACACAUGCCCAGAGUGAGGGUCUGAGGGGUCUGGACACCACCCUGCUUAUGUGACAAGAUGAAUUUAACUAUGGUUGACACCUUUGUUGGUAGCUAAGAAGAAUUUUUGCAUGCAUUUAGAAAUAGAAAGUUUCUAGAUGGAUCUACAGUAGUGACCUAUUACCAGAGCUAAGGAUGCCAUUUGGAACUUGAUUGAUCUGUGGUCAGUGAAAUUAUACUCUGGACCCCACCUUGCUUUUUUCUCUUUACGCCUUUUUCUCUUUUAGCCUUGACAGCUAAUGCUCCCCAUGCCAGGGUGUUUUGCGGGACGGGAUAGAGUACCUGAUACCACACUUUGUGUAAUAUCUAGAAGUUUUAACUUCGUAGCCAAUGCAUAGAAAAUCACUAUAGAUAGCCCUGCAUUUUACACUUUCUCACAUAUUUACAAUAAAACAGACGAUAACACAGACAAAAUUAUUUACACUAAAAAUGUGUGUGUGCCAGGAGAACUGAGAGAAUUCUAUGUAUACACCUAUUAAAAAACACAGUUAAAACAGCAAAUGUCAAAUGGCAGUUCUACCACUGAAAGUUACUUAUGGGUAUACCUAUAUUUUAUUCUAACAAUAAAGGUGAAAAAUAAACUUCA